AUGGCAGGUCAAAAACACCCAUUUAGUGCCACAUUUGUCAAUGAUCUACAUACUUUGGAGGAAAGGAAGGUCUUAUGGAAAAGUUUAUCAAAGCUUGCUCGUCCAGUCUCUUCAUGGAUUAUCUUAGGAGAUUUUAAUGCAAUUUUUACGGCAAAGGAUAGAAGUGGAGGUAAGCCUGUGUCUAAAGUGGAACUCUUGGAUUCUUCUCAGUGGCUUGCUGGGAAUCAUCUGGACGCGCUUAAAAGCACUGGCUCUUUCUUCACUUGGACUAAUACUCAAGAUGGGUCUGCUCGCAUAUAUUCUAAGAUAGACCAUGUUUUUGCUAAUGAGGAGUGGCUGGAUUUAUUUCCUAAUACAAUAGCCAUGUUCAAUUGGGAAACAAUUUCAGACCACUACUCCUGUAUAAUUUCUAUGCUGGCUGUGGAGAACUUGGGUGUUAAGCUGUUUCAUUUUUAUAAUUUCUGGACUGAUCAUGUUGAUUUUAAAGAGAUGGAUUUAGAAAGUUGGAGGAAGCCGAUUAAGGGGACAGGUUUGAAGGCUGUCUAUUUGAAGACAAUGCGGCUAAAACAUAAGCUGAAGAGAUUUAAUAGGGACCAUAUUGGAGACAUAGGAGUUCAUUAUCAAAAAGCUAAAGAUCAAUAUCAGGAAGCACUAUUUCUUGCUCAACUUCAUCCUUGUGACUUUACUCUACAAGAUAAAGCUAAGGCAGCUGCAGAUACUUUCAGAAUUCAGGAGCAUAUGUAUCACAACUUUUUGGCUCAAAGAAGUAAAAUAACUUGGUUAAGGAAGGGUGACAUGAAUACUGUAAUGCCCCGGAUUCCCUAA